AGGAUAUCAUGUUAAAUAAAAUUAGAGGGGAUUCUAAAUAGGCCAUUUUUCUCAACCAUCUUUUCAAGUUACUUUUCCUGGAUUUCAUACUUUUCAGACAUAGAACAAUGGAUACACGUUCUUCUCAAAAAACAAUGGAUACAAUGGAAUUUCUUGGUCUUUUGAAAAUCCGGGUUAUCAGAGGCAUCAAUCUUGCGGUCAGAGAUACGCUCAGCAGUGAUCCUUAUGUUGUAAUCACCAUGGGUCAUCAGAAAGUGAAAACUCCAGUUGUCAAGGAUAAUUGCAACCCUGUUUGGAAUGUGGAGAUGACUCUUGCGAUAAGAGAUCCAAAUUUACCAAUCUUAAUCAGUCUUUAUGAUAAAGAUACGUUCACUGUAGAUGACCAUAUGGGAGAUGCCGAAAUAGAUAUUCAACCAUAUCUCGAGGCUAUGAAGUUGGGGUCGAAAGGCUUGCCAGACGGUGGUAAAGUUGGUAGGAUCGAGCCGAACUGGGAUAAUUGCCUGGCAAGCGAGAGCUGUAUCGUCUGGGAGGACGGUAUAUUGACACAAGAAAUGAUCCUUCGACUAAGACAUGUAGAAUGCGGUGAAGUUGAGAUCCAAAUCGAGGUAAUUGACGCCCCUUCCCCUAAAGCCAUUCCCUACUGAGGUACCCUUUGCAUUUUCUUGUUGUAAAAUAGGUUAUGGAGGCAUAUAUAUUGAACUAAACAGAUCUUGGUAUCUUAAGGUCUGCUAAAUAAACUUGAAAUUUCUGCACCUUAAGGUCAGUUACUCUGUUAUA